GUGUUCCUCAGUGCCUGCCGUCGUUCAGUGUUGCCAUUUGAGCGUGUUCUAUAUAGCUUAUCUCCUUAUCACGGCUUCCUUAUCUCCCAGAAGACAUGCACGCCACGCCGGGCUGUUCUGCGUUACCUGGGGAAGGGAAAACACUCCCUCUGAGUAUAACUGAACUGUGAGCUUGGACGGUGGGGGAAAAUGUGUCAGUGUGAAUGAGUGAGGGAAUUUUUGUACCCGAGGAAGAGAGGAAGAGAGGAAAGUAAGGAAGAGAAAUUACUAUAUACGGAGAAAGAACUGUGAUAGCAUCUUUCAACUCGAUUAAGGGGAAGGGGAGAAGCUACAUACAAAGGAAGAGGAAAGCGAGGAGGAAGUUACAUUCGGAGAAACAGGAAGGUAAGGAAGAAGGAUGAAUUAAGAAGGAAGGAACUGAACAUGAGGAACAGGGAAGCAUAUAGAGGAAGAGGAGGAUGAGAAAGAGAAGAAGGAAGAGGAAGAUGAAAGCACAAGGGGGAAGAUGAGGAAGAUGAGUGCACAGGAAGGAAUAGGGAGAUGAAGAGGAACACGAAUGAAAGAAGAGGAAAAUAAGAAAGGACACAUACGAACAAAAAAAAAAAUAAAUAAAUAAAGCGAGAAAAGGGGAAUAUUCACCAAGGAAAAAUGAAGAAGAGGAUAAGGAUUUCGAGAACACCUCCGAAAGAUUACAGAUUUGUGAUAUUUGAAGUGACAUGCGCAGAGGAAGCCGGAUCUCUCCAGGUAGGCGCAAACACAAGGUUAAUUCUGCAGUUCAAACCGGAGAGGAGCGUUUGAGGAGAUAAGGCGGAAGGAUUAUGUGAAUGGCAGAUGCUCGUGUGGUAAGGAAGAAUAUGAAUACUUGAAACUCAUAUUUCUAGCCCGUUUAUUGCUGUGGUCACCCGCUAGCAUUCAAAAGUGUGAAAAAAAAAGUUUGGAAAGACAGAAGGAUCAAGAGAAACGAAAGAAUAUCAAGUUAAUUUUGUUUCUUCAAGGCUUGAGGAUCAUUAGAGGAAAAAAAAAAUGAAAAUUCAGUUCCCCAAUGAAGAGUGACUGAAGGAAGUUAAGUGUGACAAAGGUGGAGAGGAAGGAAAAUAUGAAUGACUGUUUGUUCAAGGUAUAGAAAAAAAAAUAACAAAGAAAGGAGAUUUGCAGAUAAGAAGUGACGUGAAGAAGUUAACAGUGACAUUAAGUUAACAGGGACUAAAUUACUAGUGAAAGGUGGAGAGGAAGGAAAAAAAAUAUGGAUGAUUUUUUGGCUCAAGGGAAAAAAAAACACGUGCGAUACCUCAAUGAAGAGAGACGGAAAGAAAUUAACAGUGACAGGUAAAGAGGAAGGAAAACAUGAAUGACUAAGUGGCUCAGGGGAGAAACAAACACGUGUGGCACCCAAAUGAAGAGUGACGGGAGGAAAUUAAUAGUUUGAGGACCAUAAAAACACUUCCUAAGACUCCUCCUCUUCGCCACCAUGGAAGCAGGAGAUCCAACACCCCUCAUGGCAAGCAGGAUGUCGCUGAGGGAGCCGCCGCCCCACGCCCGCGCCUCCUUCGGCGUGGGCGGGGCCGUGGGCGUGGUGAUCAACAUGGUGCUCUUCGUGAUGGAUAUUGUGUCCGACUGUCUGCUGGCGUACGUGUUGUGGCAGCAGGCACAGACAGACAGCACCAACAUCCACGUUUCCUCUGAGCCCAUCACGUGGUUCAUCAUCACACUGUGCAUCAUCCUCAUCCCAAUGGUGGUCAUCAAUCUGUUCAGUCUGUUGUGGUACUCGCAAAACAAGCAGUGCCUUGGGGAGUACAGUGUGCUGCACAAGAUGGGCAAGUGUGCCACGGUACAGCGAGUGUUGAUGCACCUCUUGCUGCUUGGCCCUCUCGUAAGGUACAUGGACAUCCUGCAGUACGGGAUCAAGAUGCGGCAGGAGAGGAAGCACGUGGAGAUGGGAAUGAUGCGAGGGAGCAGUGCCAUAAUGAGACGGACGCCACGAGGGGAGGUCUACGCUGUGCUUCAAAUGGUCAUCUCACGGGACUCUGCCAUGCUGGAUAUGAUGCACAGUUUCCUCCAGGACGCCCCACAGCUCAUCUUCCAAGUGUUCCUGCUGUACCGGCGCCCUGAGCUCAUCACCGGCACACUGCAGGAGUCCCCUUACACCACGGCGGUGCAGGUGUGGAAGAUAGCGCUGGGUGUGACGGCCAUCUCCUGGUCCUUAGUGACCUAUCAGGAGGAGCUGCGGCGGUCAGUGCCAGGCAAGGUGAAGCUGACGUUCUGUGCGUCCAUCACCUGCCUUAUGUGGCGUGCUGCGAUGGUGGCCUCCCGCGUGCUGGCCAUUGGCUCCUUUGCUGCUAUCUAUGCACCAGAGGGGGCAAGGACGGCCCUCACAGUGCAUCUACGGGAGGAUGGCUCAGUGCACAUGCCCUUCCCCAUUGUCACUGCCUGUGUGUUGGGUGCCCACUGGCUCAUCAUGGUGGCCUGGAUACAUGCACAGGGGACAAAUUUCUGCUCAGGGGAGGAGGAGGGGCAGUCACAGCCAAUGCUGGAGUUCCUGUACAACUGUGUGAUGGGCCUGGUGCAUGUCUUCUGCUACAUGAACCUCAAGGACUCACCAUCCCGUCGCCGCAUGGCUUUCUUCUACGCCUUCUGCCUCAUUGAGAACACCGCCAUGAUCUCAGUGUGGUGUGUGGAGAUGGAGCCCCACCUGUCUGUGUGGUUCCGUGCCGUGAUGGUGUUCAGUGUGGAGGUGCUGUGGAUGGUGGGCCUGUGCUGCCUCAUUGGGUACUAUGCCUUCCUCCAUCCCGACAAGGACAACCUGGGCAGCUCCAGAAACACUGCAUCAUGGAGGGAUUAAGUAAGCAUCUCACUGGAAUGCUGGGAAUAUGAGCCAUGAGAGGUAGUCAAGCUCAGGGAUGAAUAAGAAGUACUGGCUGAGUGUUGUUUGCCAUGACUCACAUCCCAUCUUGUUCCUCUGUCAGCAAAUACCAAGGCUGUUCUCAGGAGAUCUGCUGUAAAGACUUGUCAGUUUCCAUAGGUUUCCAUAGACAGCCACUUAUGUUCUCAUGCUCCUAAGUCUGUGUGAGGAGGUCACUGACAGACCACAGCACCACAGCAAGGCGUUCUGCAGGGAGCCAAUGCAGCAUUGUGUAUAGACAGAGCAGACUGAGGAGAGAUGCUGCACAGAAACAAGACUCCAGGACAGCAUGGAGUGGAGUGUGAAUAUGGUUGAUAAUGUGUGCAGAUCAGCCAAGGGUGCAAAAAGGAAAUAAAAAUGCCUGCUAAUUUGCCGAUCCUGAAAAGAGUGACGUGUAGAAGAGAGGUCAUACUGGAGGCCAAUUUAGUGUCGACGUCCCAAUACUCCCAAUAUGUGUUAUAAUGCAUCUGGUGUUACAUUUUGCCCUCUCUCCAUAUUAUAUGUGUGUAUGCUAUUUUCUAUAUUGCACAGUGAGGAUGCAGUCUAUAUAUAUGCAGGCGGACACCUUUAACAGUGAUACCAUUGUGAAACGUGUGAAGCUGUGGCCAACUAUACAAUACAUGAGAAAUAAAAACACUUUCCUAGUUACACUUUUUCCACAGCCUCCUCUAAAGCAGCAACCCUCAAUGACUCCCCAGCCUAGCAGUGUGCGACCUGCCACAACACAGCCUUCAUCCAUGUGCUAAUUGAUGAGGGAUUGUCAUUACUGAGUCUUUCUUGCCAUGGACUGAAUAUAUGAACCUAGAGAAGGAACUUGAAUACAAAUACAUGAACUGAUAAGAGAGAGAGAAAGGGAGAAUAUAAGACAAGAUAUACGAUACACUCCACUCCCAUUCACACUAAACACGUCUAAGUAUCUAUCAGGUCUCUCUUUAUAAGUUCUUUCUCUUACUAUACAACAAUAAAUCCCCAUAAUUUCUUGUGAGUACCCUACCCUUUGUAUUCCUUUGUAUAGUUCACCACUGCCACAAUAAAUAAUGCCACAAGCUCCAUUGGUACAAAAAUAGUCUAAUGACAUCUCAAGGAUAUAGUUUUUAAGCAAUAAUAAUUUUUACAUUUACAUACACGUUUUGUAAAUAUACAGUACAUUUUUUAAUAUUGACUAGCAGUGUUAUUCGUUAUUUACAUUUAUGACUGAAUUUGUAAAUAUAUAUAUUACUAUUUUUUUUCUAUUUAAUAUAAAGCGACAGUGUUAUUCAUAAUUUACAUCCAAAUCAGGGUUUGUAAAUAUGUACCUUUUAUAUUGACAUGAAGACAAUAGCAUUAUUCAUCAUUCUGUUGGUUAUUUAUUGUCUAUGCAAAAUUAUGGCUUAAUAAAUGUCCAGUAUA